AUGGUCGUGUGGGAAAAUGCUGGAAACCACGAGGAUUGUCGGUCAACUGGUUGGUUAAAUCUGGGGGCAGUCAGAAGAGCCUCAUCCAAGAAUUUCCCAGUCCAUCUUGUGGCACACGUCGCAACCCGCUGUCACGAUUCAGUGGACUCAUCAUCUUACUCUCAAGCUACUGCCUUCGAACGACCUGUCAACCAUCAAGAUGCCGAUGAUGAGAGGUGUAAAGUUUGCCUGAUAGAAACGUUUGCUGAUGGCCCCGAAAGCGAACCCUGCAUACGGGGACAUCGCUCAUCAAAGUGUAAUCACAGCGACCGAGUGCUGGUACAAGUUCGAAAACCAGGCCGACCGUUAAGCAGUUGCCCACACACCCUGUCAUCAACCUCCCCAGGUACCUUUGUCCACACCCUGUCCAAUGGAGAGGAUUCUGGGGGGAACAGGGCUGGAAGCUCUGCCAGGGUGAGCUGUAGUUGCGAUGUCACAUCUGUCGCCAUACCGAAGGUUGCCUCUUGCGCUUGUGGAACACCGAAGCCGCAGGAGCCCCCGCCUAGACUGCCCCCGCCAUCAUUGGUAGCUAUAACUGCUGCUACAAGCGAUUCUGGGUCGACGAUAACAUCGCCCAUGUCACCAACAUUCCCCGCGAUUGUAUCGGCCAGUUCGUCCAAUAAUGGCCCUUCAAAUAAAGUUGUCAAACCACAACGGCUGAAAAAAAGUGGUCAGGCAAGAAAAGGGAGUGUGAAUAUAGGGGAGGUCGCUCUUGAACAACUACUCGAGCAAGAGAGGGAACGCAGUAGCAGUGCUGAGUCUUUAAAGAUGGGAAGUACAGCUAAUAGCUGCCGGGGCAUGCCUGGUACAUCAAGAGAGGAUGGUUCUGCUGAAGGAGAUUCGUUGCGAGGGUUUGCAGGACUUCCGACAAGUCCUGGACAUGGGGGAGAUAUCAAUGGAUUUCGUCCACCACACGAUUUUUCAAAGUCACAAAACGGAAAUAUGUUCUUGGAGGGCAUAAAACCGUCAGAAAGCAAGCCGGACAUGCCAGCUGUAACUCACAAAACAUUGUGCUCAGAUGUUCCAAACAUGUGGAUGUAUCCUACAAUUAACCCUGCGAUCACGCCUCAAGAAUUUGCAUGGUUACAACAGCAAAGAGCGGCUGGCGUAUUUGGACCACAACCACAGCUGCCUGGGCAUGCAUUGGUGCCCCCAAUGAGUAAUUCACCAGUCGCCAACACCGCUUUGGCCAACGGCUGGGAACACAGCUGUCAUUGUGGGCCUGAGUGCAAUUGCCUAGGCUGUGCAACACAUCCAUUUAAUCGGAGGACGGUGGAGCAUGUACGGGAGAUGCAGUCGUUCAUGGCCGUAGACAAUGGAUCUCUGAGUCCGCAGUCACACCCGAAUCCUACAAACCAUAACCAUCCACAAGGCCUUGUUCAACAGCUUUCGAACCCACAACCCCAACCAAACAGUUUUGAAGCGAAUGGGAUGUCGCUUUCGUCGCCUGUAGCAGGUGCACCAUCGUCAGGCGCAUGCUGUGGAACUAGAGCAAGUCCUGCGAAGCAGAUUUCACCUGCACCGGAGGAGGGGGACAUAGGCCCCGAUGGAAGCCCGAAUGGCACCCCAAGUGGCACUGACGGUGUUGAUGAGCUCUCGCCAAGCAAUUUCCUAUACUUUGAUUAUCCGCUCGGAAUGUGCGCGCAGACUGAGGCUGGGUGCAAGUGCGGCGAGGGAUGCACUUGUGUUGGCUGCAUCACACACGGAGGGCAUGAUGGCGUGGAGUUGGAAGCCCCUGUACAGGCGCCAGAGUGGGAAGCAUGGGGGAUAGAAGAAGGCACCUGA